AAGAAAACCACCGGCGCACAUGUUUUACCGGUAAUCAGAGAUUCUUCACCGCCGUGAGAAAAACAUCUCUAUAUGGACGACAUGUCUCUCUCACGAGCUCUUCGUAAACAAGAAUGGCGAGUAAACCUGAUCAUCUCCAUCAUCAUCACCUAUCUUCAAGGAGAUUGAUGCUUGUGUUGUAUUUCACCAGUGUUCUUGGGAUUGGAUUCGUCGCAGCUUUUCUGUGUCUGUCUUCUUCGAAUCUCUCGUUCUCCGCCGUUUCUUCAAUCUGGGUUCCCUUAAACCGGCCGGAGAUUCAGAUCCCCAACAUUGUUCAAAAGAGAAGCAAGCAAUCGAAUCAUUCUAAUGAUACAAAAGAUCAUGUCCGGUUUUUAUCGGCAACAUUCGCAGAUAUACCGGCGCCGGAGUUACAUUGGGAGCAAAUGCAAUCAGCUCCAGUUGCACGGCUUGACGGAUACUCAGUUCAAAUCAAAAACCUUUUGUAUGUCUUCUCGGGUUAUGGCAGUCUUGACUAUGUUCAUUCUCAUGUGGAUGUGUUCAAUUUCACAGACAAUACGUGGUGCGAUAAAUUCGACACUCCUAAAGAGAUGGCGAAUUCGCACCUCGGUAUUGUUACGGAUGGACGGUAUGUGUAUGUUAUAUCAGGGCAGUAUGGUCCACAAUGUAGAGGACCUACUUCUCGUUCCUUUGUUUUAGACUCAGUUACAAAGACAUGGCUCGAGUUUCCUUCACUACCAGCUCCAAGGUAUGCUCCUGCAACUCAGAUAUGGAGAGGGAGGCUUCAUGUGAUAGGUGGAAGCAAAGAGAAUCGUAAUGCAGUUGCUUUUGACAAUUGGAGCAUCGCUGUAAAAGAUGGCAAAGCACUCGACGAAUGGCGAGAAGAGGUUCCAAUCCCUCGAGGUGGACCACACAGGGCUUGUGUAGUUGCUAACGAUAAACUACUUGUGAUUGGUGGCCAAGAAGGUGACUUCAUGGCCAAACCUAACUCGCCCAUCUUCAAGUGCUCACGGAGACGCGAGAUCUUUAAUGGUGAGGUGUACAUGAUGGACGAGGAGAUGAAGUGGAAAAUGCUGCCACCAAUACCAAAGAACAAUUCCCACAUCGAAUCUGCAUGGAUCAUUGUCAAUAACUCAAUAGUCAUCGUUGGUGGUACCACUGAUUGGCAUCCAGUGACAAAAAGACUUGUUCUUGUUGGAGAGAUUUUCCGGUUCCAGUUAGAUACUUUGACUUGGUCUGUGAUUGGAAGGUUACCAUUCCGUGUUAAAACAGCGAUGGCCGGAUUCUGGAACGGUUACUUGUACUUCACGUCGGGGCAGCGCGAUAGAGGACCGGAUAAUCCGCAGCCUGGAAAAGUUAUUGGAGAAAUGUGGAGAACCAAGUUGAAGUUCUGAUUCUUACAUAUGCCACUUUUUAAUAGAAAAAACCAUUGUUUUGUUCUAGACACAGAACAAACUUUUUGUUAGUCAUGAAAAAUUGAUAUGAAGAAGACAAAGGUAAAAUUGAUAACUGUAAAAACUGGUCAGACAAUGAAAAGGUAUAAUACUCCAAUGCUGAGAAAGACAUUA